AGUCGAGCGUUCGAACGGUGCGCACCUGUUGACGGUUUCUUGGUAGGUGAUCGCGCUUUGUGGGCCAGAAAAGUGAGGAGCCAAUUCGGUCGGGGCUUCGUUGUGCGUGUGUGCGAGUGUGCGUUCGAGUCGUCGUCUAUGAAAAGUGAAUAACUUAAGCGGGCUUAAAGCCAACGCUGCGCAUGCGUGUGAGUGAGCUGCAGAAAGAAAAGAGUGUUUUUCUCGGUGUGAGCCAAACGGGGAAUAGGAAUAGCGAAUAUUUUGUCUGGUGAAAUUUUUCAUUAUUAGCGUUAUUUAUGUGCAAAAUCUAAUUGAAAAUAACGUGCAAUACCCGCUGCACGCAAAAACAUCAAUCAAAUCUCGGCGAUUGCAAUCGCAUGAUUAAUGGAAACGCUUUGAGCAUAAAUACACACGGUCAAAGCCAAAACAUGCCUCACCAGGGCACGGUUCAUCAAUAAAAAAAACGAAAUACCAAUAAUAAAUAAUAGAAACCGCUGACAAUAACCCUCGAAGAGGUAAAAGAGUGUGGUAGUUUAUGCAAACAUGCGACGAAAGCCACAGAAUUUAACACACAAUAUACAGUCGAGUAGAGCCGCAGACAGAGGCGGAGGAGGAGUUGGAGUUGGACUCGGAGUUGGACUCGGAGUUGGGGUUGGAGCUGGAAGAAGGGGCCGAGGCACCUCCCAGCAGUCAGCAAUUUCCAACAAUAGAAUGCCAAGAGACCAUCGACACUUGAUGGCCAUGGCAGUGUCGACGUUGCCACUGGCUCUUCUGCUGCUCCUCGUUCAAAUAACAGCUGGCCAGCACGAGAGCAUCUCGCAGAUCUCGCCCAAGUCGAGCAGCCACCGCAGUCCGGCCCGCCUGAGCAUCGAGAGCACCGUGGCGGACUCCAUCAACGGCCUGGCGGAGAGUCCCCGCUCGCCCCGCGAUCUCAACGAGAACGAGACGCGGGCGGAGCGAGUGGAGCGCUCGGCGUCGCCCAUCCUCCACGAUCGCCAGUCGCCCAUUGGACCCAACGACGUGAACUUCCCGGAGGAGCUGGAGAAAGACGUGUCCGCCGGAAGGUACUUUCACUACAACAUCAAGCCCACGGGGACAUACGACAACCAGGAGGAGCAGCCCGAGCGAACGCACCAGGGGAUCAGGGCCGGGAAAACCCUAUCCCUGGGCAGCGGCAUUAGCAGCAGCAGCAGCUCAGAGCAGUCUUUUUUAGGGCGGGGGGACCUGCGACCGCUAGUGUCGGGGUCCCCGAUUCGGCCGAGUCCGAGCAGUACUGCCACCUCAGCGACGGCGGCCAGUGCCACGCAGGCGCCGCAUAGUCCGCGCCAGAACGGCAACCCCGACAUCCAGGACAUCAUCACGGGCAUCGUGAAGCUCCUGAACGGUAAUGUCAAUGUCCACGCAAAUACACAGGGUGUGAGGCGUCCCUCGGCCAGCAGGAUCAAUAAUCGUGGUCCGCCGAGGAUUUCCGAGGCCCAGAACCUGCCCAUCGACUAUGAAGCUCAGAAGCCCGGAACUUCGAUGCGACCGCCACCGUAUCCCUUCGACCGUCCGGAUCGUCCUUUUAUUACGGGUGUGCCCAUUCCCGAGCAGAUUGUCCCCGUUCGUCCGGGAUUCGUGAGCAAUCGUCCGCCAUGGUAUCGCAACAAGCCACGCCCACCCAUCGCCACCAGUGUGGGCGGCAAUCGGAGACCCUUGCCUCAGUAUAAACCCCUUCCAGCUCCGCAUGUCCAGUCCCAAUCCCAGUCCUCUCCCCAACCGCAGGAUCAAACGGAAAAGAAGAACGAGCAGGAGAAGGAGCAGAAUCACCAGGAGCAACAGCCGGCAGAAGAUAUGGUGCAACCCACCGAUACCACCUACGACUCGGAGUUCUCCAAUGAAGAUGCCAAUGCCCAGUAUAUCGAAGUAUCCGACCAGGACACGGACUCCACUGGCGGUGGAGAGGUGGAAGAUGAACUGCAGCCACCUCCCGCUCCACCUUCCACAACGAACAAUCCACCAACGCAUCCAACAACUCCCUCGAAGAAGAAGCACAAGCCAAAACCAGGAAGUGAAAAGAAGAAGCUGCCAGAGGAAUCGAAUCUGGACGAGGGCUUCACCACCAUCAUUGAGACCAGUUCGGUGGUGCACACUGUGAUGGGCAUGUCCUCCACCUACGUGCCCAUGUCCAUGGACAGUGCGGAGAGCCUCGGUCUGGAUCCCUCCACCGAGGAGGUGAUCUUCAUGACCGCCAAUCGGACACCCGGCCUGGAGACCAGUGCCACCUCCUCGCUGAGCACCUCCUCGUCCUCCAGCCUGGCCUCAGACAUCCAACCAACGUCCUCCAAAGAACCCACUACCACCACCACCACCACUAGUACCACUACCACCACCAGCUCCACCUCGACCACCACCUCAACCACCACCCCGCCAUCUAGUUCGAGUUCCACCGAAAGUGCGCCACCUAAUAGUUCCAAUGCUAACACCAAUGCCACUCCGCCCGCCCCCUACCAUCCCCGUCCCGGGAUCGUCCUCGAUGAUCCCGAGUUCAAGCCCGGUGGUCGGCCACGCCCACCCGGCCAGCGAACGCCCCCGCAGCAGACCCUUCCCCAGCCAGCGAUUCAGCCGACGCGGCAGCAUCUGCCACCCGGCUACGGGGAGAUCUUCGAUGUGACCCUGUCCGCCAUCCAGGGACCGGGUCCCAAGGGCAGUGGCUCCCAGCAGACGAUCAACAUCAAGCCAUACGGAACGUAUGCGGCGGGCGGAGGUCAGGGCGACAUCAUCGUGUCGGCAUCAGGUGACGACGGCUUUGUCUCCAUCGACGGCAAGCGCACUUACAUCAAUCUCUUUGGUGACCCCACAGAUCCACCAGCGGGGGCCACGUCCCCAGCCACGCGUCUGCCCCAGUUGCCAGGCUCUGGCUCUGGGUCGGGAUCAGGAUCAGGAUUAGGACCAGGACCAGUAUCGGGAUCGGGAGUAGGAUCCUCGCCAGGAGUUACAACCGGAGGUGGUAGUGGUGGUGGUUCCUCCAGCUCACCAGCUGUUCCGCCCAACGCGGUCACCCAGAGCAGUGGUGGCUAUGUGGUGCCCGAAACGGAGGUGGUGGACCUGCAGGGUCACAGCAAGCCGCAAGGAGGAGCCCCCACAACGAAUGCCGGACCCACGCGACCGCACUACCGCCAGAGACCAACGCAGCCGCCCGUGAGGAUCGACACCUGCAUCGUGGGUGAUGAUUCCACCUGCGACCAGGCUCAGCAUGAGCGUUGCAAGACGGACAACGGCGUUUCCAGCUGCCACUGCAGGCCAGGCUACUCCCGACGAAAGCACCGGGAGCCAUGUCGACGGGUCAUCUCCUUCCAUCUGGGCAUGCGCGUGGAUCGCAUCUACGAACACAGAAUCGUCUGGGACACCAAGCUUAUGGACAAACACAGCGAACCCUUUGGACAGCUCAGCUACGAAUCUAUUCGAGCGUUGGACUCUGCCAUGUCGAUGACGCCCUACUCGGACGAGUUCAUGGAGGCCAAGGUGAACAACAUCUACCGAGGUGAUCCCAAUCUGGGCGGAAGUGGCGUCUACGUGAACUUGACCAUCAAGCUGGACGAGAGUGUGGAGACAUUGCGACCCAACCUGCGCAGCGACGUUCAGAAACACCUUUUGGGAGUCCUCCACCGGCGAAACAACAACAUUGGCAACUCCGUGCUGUACGUAAGUUCGCCGGAAGGAGCGGUAUCCGCUCUCCAGGACCUGGACGAGUGCCAGUCGCCGGAGCUGAAUGACUGCCAUCCCGGCGCCAGUUGCAGCAAUACGUGGGGCAGUUUCCGCUGCUCCUGCGAAGCGGGACUCCGUGAUCCGUGGGCUGACCAACCGGCGCGAUCCGGACGCGAGUGCCAGGCCUGUGCCGACUCCGUGUGCAACAACCACGGCACCUGCAGCUACGGCGACGAUGGCGCCCAGCUGUGCACCUGCGACUCGAGCCACUAUGGCGCCCAGUGCGAGAUCGACGGCGAGGUGCUGGGCGUGGCCAUCGGCGCCUCCGUGGCGGCCAUCAUCAUCAUCGUCCUGACCCUGGUGUGCCUGAUCAUGUGGUCGCGGCGCUGGCAGCGGGAGCAGAAGAACGCCAUGGGCUCCCCGGUGUUCGGGUACAUGAACACCGCGCCGCUGAAGUCCGCAGGAUUGCCACAGGCUGGCUACCAGGUGACCCUGGAGGACCGCAUGCGAUGGGCCCAGAUAGCCGACGUCAUGGCCCAGACGAACCACUACGGGCAGGCUGAGCCCAUCGGACCCACUCGGCCUUCGUCGGCGAUGUUUGCGUAUCCCAAUUUGGGGGCCAUGGGCAUGGGAACCCUGGGCGGGAUGUCACUUCAGAGCACCAUGCAGAUGCAUCCCAGCGCCACUCUGGCCCCUCCUGUGCCAUUGCCCAGAAGACUUGGCCUGGGUCCCCGCUCGAAUGGAAUGCGGACACUGGAGAACUCCAGCUCGAGCGAGGAGGAGGAUCGCGCUGAUCUGCUGGGAAGGAAUUUCCAAGUGCCCCGCCCCAAAAGUCGCAGCAAUGGCAGUAUAGCGAACCAAUCUGGCAUCUAUUACGAUGUGGACUACGAGCCGUCGGGCAAUGGGAUCGGCAACUCGAGCGUGGACCACCUGUACGGGUCGCACAACCAGUCCGUGACGCACUCGUCGGGCCACAGCCACAUCCCGGGACCCCAGGGAAUUCCGAUGAGCACGUACACCUCCGGUCGGGGUCCCAGCAGCUACUACAUGAAGUGACCCCUGGCCGAUCAGAAGCCACAACCCUGUACAUACGCAACCUAGACUAAGACGACUAUCACCAAAACACUUUUCCACUGCAGUCCCCGCGGCGACUGCAGCUGAGACGCGUUUUGCAGGAUCCCGAUGCCCCUUUUUAGUAUGAGAAACGUAGACUUAGGACUAUCCGUAGGUUCCACCUAGAUGUACGCAAUGCAAACAACAACUAAUCAUUAAUUUUAAAGACUACUGUUAAAAUUUAAAUUAUUUCACUGCUGUCCACUUAAAGUCAAAUCCCAUAAAAUAGUUGCUUAGCUUAUUUUACGAUAUUAAAAUAUGUUUAAUGUAUUAAGUCCACAUAGCUAGAAUGUCUGUUUAUGUAUAUAAAUGAAUAAAAGAUCUAAAUUUACAAUUGAAUAGAAAA